AUGGGGAGGAAAAAAAUACAGAUCUCACGCAUUCUGGACCAAAGGAAUCGUCAGGUGACAUUUACCAAAAGGAAGUUCGGGCUGAUGAAGAAGGCCUAUGAGCUGAGUGUGCUCUGCGACUGUGAGAUUGCUCUCAUCAUCUUCAACAGCGCCAAUCGCCUCUUCCAGUAUGCCAGCACGGACAUGGACCGUGUGCUCCUGAAGUACACGGAGUACAGCGAACCCCACGAGAGCCGCACCAACACUGACAUCCUCGAGACACUGAAGCGGAGGGGUGUGGGCCUUGAUGGGCCAGAGCUGGAGCCAGAUGAGGGACCUGAGGGGCCAGGAGAGAAGCUGCGGAGGCUGGCAGGUGAUGGGGGUGAGCCAGCCUUGCCCCGACCCCGGCUCUAUCCAGCAGCCCCCACUAUGCCCAGCCCUGACAUGGUAUAUGGGGCCCUACCCCCACCAGGCUGUGACUCCAAUGGGCUUGGGGAGGCCCUGCCUGCCCAGAGCCGCCCAUCCCCCUUCAGGCCAGCAGCCCCCAAAGCUGGGCCCCCAGGCCUGGCCCAUCCUCUGUUCUCACCAAGCCACCUUGCCAGCAAGACACCACCACCCUUGUACCUGGCAGCAGAUGGGCGGAGGCCAGACCUGCCUGGAGGCCUGGCAGGGGCCCGAGGGGGACUGAGCACCUCAAGAGGCCUCUAUGGUAGCCUGCAGAGUCCAUGCUCUGCUGCAGCUCCAGGACCCCCACUUGGAAGCUUCCCCUUCCUCCCAGCAGGCCCCCCAGAAUAUGGCCUGGGAGACCCCCCUCCGCCCGCCGGCUUGCUGCAGCCCCCUACUCUGGCCCCCUGGCAGCCCUCGAGGGGUGAUGGGCCCCUAAUGGGCCCUGCCCAGCCCAGUGGGGGCCGCAGCCUGGGCGAGGAGGGCCCCUCAGCCCGCGGUGCCUCCUCACCGACCCCCCAAGUCAGCAUCAAGUCCGAGCGCCUCUCGCCAGCACCCGGGGGCCACGGCGACUUUUCCAAGACCUUCCCCUACCCCUUGCUCCUGGCCCGGCCCCUUGCAGAGCCCCUGCGGCCUGGGCCUGGACUGCGCCGGUUACCCACUGCUGAUGGCUGGCCCCGGUAG